AUGAAGUUCUUCAUUGAUGAUCUUCCGGUGCUGUUUCCGUAUCCUCGCAUCUACCCCGAACAAUAUGCCUACAUGUGCGAUCUCAAAAAGACCCUCGACGUCGGGGGUCACUGUGUGCUGGAAAUGCCCUCGGGAACUGGAAAGACAGUUUCGCUCUUGUCGUUGAUCGUCGCCUAUCAACAGCACUACCCAGAGCACCGUAAGCUCAUCUACUGCUCCCGAACCAUGUCGGAGAUCGAGAAAGCUCUAGCGGAGUUGAAGGCUUUGAUGGAACAUCGUGCUAAGGAGCUGGGUCAUGAGGAGGAAUUUCGUGCGCUUGGCCUGACCAGUCGGAAGAACCUCUGUCUUCACCCUUCAGUAAAAAGAGAGAAGAGUGGUACCGUGGUCGAUGCCAGGUGCAGAAGCUUGACGGCCGGGUUUGUCAAGGAGAAGAAAGAGCGUGGUGAAGAUGUUGAGCUUUGCGUUUUCACACUGGACGGGUUGUCAAGAUACGGAGAAGAGCACAAGCAAUGUCCCUACUUCUCCGCUCGGCGUAUGAUGCCGUGGUGCAAUAUUAUUAUCUAUUCUUAUCACUAUCUUCUCGAUCCGAAAAUUGCGGAACGUGUAUCCCGAGAGCUCUCGAAAGAUUGCAUCGUGGUAUUUGACGAAGCGCACAACAUUGACAAUGUCUGUAUCGAAUCGCUCAGUAUAGACCUGAGCGAGGAUUCCUUACGAAAAGCGACUCGGGGUGCAAACAACCUGGAACGCAGGAUCGAAGAGAUGAAGAGCACGGAUGAGGAAAAGCUCAAGAACGAGUAUUCAAAAUUAGUGGAGGGGCUGCAGGAAGCUGAGAAAGCUCGGGACGAAGAUCAAUUCAUCUCGAAUCCGGUCUUGCCAGAUGACCUAUUAAAGGAAGCUGUUCCUGGUAACAUCCGCCGGGCCGAGCAUUUCAUCUCUUUCUUGAAGAGAUUUAUCGAGUAUCUGAAGACUCGGAUGAAAGUCACCCAUACCAUAUCCGAGACACCUCCUUCUUUCCUCACUCACCUAAAAGACCUUACCUAUAUUGAGCGAAAGCCUUUGAGGUUUUGCGCCGAGCGUCUAACGUCACUUGUACGGACGCUUGAACUUGUCAAUAUUGAAGAUUAUCAACCUCUUCAAGAGGUGGCCACAUUUGCAACACUGGUCGCAACCUACGACAAGGGAUUCGUUCUUAUCCUUGAGCCCUUCGAAUCCGAAGCGGCUACUGUACCAAAUCCCAUCCUCCAUUUCACGUGCUUGGAUGCCGCUAUUGCUAUCAAGCCGGUAUUCGAUCGUUUCAGCUCUGUGAUCAUUACCUCGGGAACUUUGUCGCCGUUGGAAAUGUAUCCGAAAAUGCUGGGUUUCACCGCUGUUCUGCAAGAAUCAUACAGCAUGACACUCGCUCGACGAUCUUUCUUGCCUAUGAUUGUCACUCGAGGCUCAGACCAAGCACAGGUUUCAUCUUCGUUCGGAAUUCGCAAUGAUCCUGGUGUCGUGCGAAACUACGGCAGUCUAGUGACCGAGUUUGCUCGCAUCACACCCGACGGCGUUGUCGUUUUCUUCCCCUCUUAUCUCUACAUGGAAUCAAUCAUCAGUAUGUGGCAAGGUAUGGGUAUUCUGGAUCAAAUCUGGAACUACAAAUUGAUUCUCGUCGAAACUCCUGAUGCACAAGAAUCUUCACUCGCCCUGGAGACCUACCGAACAGCGUGCUGCAAUGGGCGUGGUGCGAUCUUGUUUUGUGUCGCUCGUGGCAAGGUUUCCGAGGGCAUUGAUUUUGAUCACCAUUACGGUCGUGCAGUGCUGUGUAUUGGUGUUCCCUUCCAAUACACCGAAUCUCGAAUUCUGAAAGCUCGUCUCGAGUUCUUGCGUGAGAACUAUCGUAUUCGGGAGAAUGACUUCUUAUCUUUCGAUGCGAUUCGACAUGCCGCCCAGUGUCUGGGUCGUGUCCUGCGUGGCAAGGACGACUAUGGAGUCAUGGUGUUGGCGGAUCGUCGAUUCGAACGAAAGCGGCCCCAACUCCCCAAGUGGAUCAACCAGGCAAUGUUGGACAGCGAAACCAAUCUUAGCACUGAUAUGGCUGUAUCGAAUGCGAAGAACUUCCUGCGGACCAUGGCCCAGCCUUUCAAAUCGAAAGAUCAAGAAGGCAUUUCUACCUGGGGCUUGGCUGACAUCGAGCGCCAUGAGGCAAAGAGGAGGACGGAGGAAGAGCGGAUGAUGAGAGAAGAGCUGAAUAACGGGCAUCCAAUGGACGGAAUGGUCCCAUCCGCAUCCCGGAUCGUCACGGACGAAUACGACGACAACAUUGAUCAGGACCUCAUGAUGCUUGACGCACCAUAA